UGGAUUCAGUCAAUGGAAGACACCAGUGAGUCGGUUGCUGGUUUAAACUUUCAGUAGCCCAAAAGGGUCUGAGGACAAGAAAGAUGACUCCCAAACUUCAAGGCCUUCAACGUCCAAAGAUAUGAAAGUAUUCCCGAAACACUCAGAGAGACGGAAGUCCAAGACGCCAUUAAAAUCAGCAAGGAAAGCCAAAUCUGCUGUGUUCACUGAAGCCGUGGCCCCUCUCUAUCUCACCUCCAAGACUCAGGAAAUCUUUCAAUGUGUAAUUGACCGGGACGUCACCCAGGAGAAGCCAUACAAGUUAAUCAAAAAGGAGUUCAUCAUCGAUGACAUGAAGACAAGGGCAGCUGUGUCUGAUUUCCAUCCCUACAAGCACCCAAUCAUGGAUUACCAAGGCAAUGAACUUCUGGUAGUCUAUGAUAUCGAUUCCAUGUACGGACAAAAUUUCUACCUUGCACUCAAUGAAAUGAUGAAGGGGAUAAUCCUGAAUUCUUUCGAGGCCACUGAGAAUCAAAAUCCAGACUUUGAGGUGGUGAUUGAAACUAAAAGAAGGCCGUGGAUUGACCUGGGCAGCGGCAUUGAAAUCGAAGAGGAAAAGUUUGAAGAAUCUCCAACUAAGCUGAAAUUCGUGGUGUCACGUGUCCGUCGGCAGUUUGGGGCUCCAGUGACCUUGUCUGACUGGAACGUUGCUGAUGCCAGGGACAGCUAUGUGGAGUGCACGUCCUAUCAGGACAAGAGCUUCAGCAUCAGAAAGCUGGAGCGGGACAUUGGGAUUCAGGCGGUGCCGAAAUUGUGGGAAAGCAGCACACAGACUAAAUGGACCUACCCAAGGAAUGCCUGUACCCAGUACACACCCAGAGAAUUCACCGCAGAGGAGAAGGAGCAGCUCCUGAAAUCCGAAGCCCUCACCAACUUCAUCAACUCCGUGGCCUCGAGGUUUGAGUUGGCACUCCAGCAAAAUGAGAUCAUGGACGUGUUCUACGAUGACUGGAAUGGGCUCUCGGAGGAGGACAGCACCUUUGGAGGGAAGGCCGACGGCCACUUGAAGGAGUACCAGUCGUUCACAGACCUGCAGAAGAGCCAGGGCAGAAGAAUCAGCAACAUCGAAUGGCACCCCGCGAUCCUCGGGUUGGUGGCUGUGUCCGUGGUGGAUAUCAUAACAUUGGAGGACAGAAUAAAGUCGAUCAACAGAACAGUCCGUAGUCACUCGUACAUCCUCUUCUGGAACUUCAGCGACCCAAUUCACCCACAGAUCAUGCUGGAGGCUCCAGAUGAAAUUUACUGUUUCCAGUUUUGUCCCACAGACACCAACAUUGUGGCGGGCGGCUGCACGAAUGGCCAGGUUGUGCUGUGGGACAUCAGUGAGUUUGCAGAGAGAUUGCAGGGCUACCUUCCAAACGCAAAGCCCGAAACCCACAAAUCAAACCUGCUGCCUGAGUUGGAUCCGGCAUCUCCUUGUGAAGUCCCUAUUGCUCGUCACUGUGCAGUGUCAUCCAUAGACAAUGGCCACAAGUCCCUCAUCACUGACCUGUGCUGGCUGCCCGAUCACUUUCAGCUAACAAAGCAUGGGGUCCCAUAUGAGAACACAGAUGGGCUGUGUGUCCAACUUAUCACCUGCUCUCCAGACUGCGCCAUCCUGUUCUGGGAUAUACGACAUACAAAAUCUACUGUCCAGUCAAUGAAAGAGAAACGGAAAAUCGGGAAGGAACUCCAGAAUCCCAAGGGAGUUCCCAACACCUUCAAACAUCUGGAUCUCCACUGGAAGCCGAUGCAUAAGGUGACACUACCUCGGAUCGAAGGCAAUGGGGAAUACAGCCCGGUACGAAUAAGCAUGAGAGAGAAAUGCACUGACAGGAUAAAUGAGCAGUCCCAACUACACCUCCUAAAAGACAAAGGGGAAAACGAAGAGUACAGCAGCAAGGACGUUCCUUCAGCCAGAGAUCUGACCACCCUGACAGACAUCAACACCUUCCUCUUCAUCGGUACCGAGGAUGGAGAAGUUACUUAUGUAGACUGGCAAGUGGAGAGGGACAUGGACACUGGAAAAAUGACCACCCCAAAACCCACCCACUGCUACGCUGUUCACGACGGGCCUGUGAACACCGUGCAAAGAUCGCCCUUCUUCAGGGAUAUCAUCCUAACUGUCGGAGGAUGGACAGUUGCAGUUUGGAAGGAAGGGGCCACCGUCGGACCUCUCCUGCACUCAGCCUGCAGGGACAGACGCUGCACCACGGGGCACUGGUCCCUCUCCAGACCUGGCGUCUUUGUCAUUGGGAAAGAAGACGGCAACAUCGAUAUCUGGGAUUUACUGGAAAAGACACAUGAGCCUUUGCAGACACAGAACAUUUCAUCUGUCCCAAUCAGUUGUAUGAAGCCUUGCAUUGUGUCACAGAAGCAGCAUCUCCUGGCAGUGUCUGAUGACUUUGGAACCCUGCACAUUCUGGAGGUGCCCUGGUCUCUGAAACAUCCACUUAACCAGGAGAAGUCCAUUGUGGAAGGUUACUUUGAGAAAGAGGUGAAGCGACUCAGUUACUUUGGGACAAGAAAACUACAAAGAACAGAAAAAAUUGAAAAGGAAGAUGAAAAGAAGCAGGCUUCCCCGGUUGUCGAGGCAAAGACAAAAGAACAAAUUGAGGAAGAAAUGAAGAAGGAAUAUUCCAUGUAUCUAAUUGAGGAGAAGAAAGCCAUCUUUGCCCAACUUGGAAAGACCUGAUAAUCUUUGAA